AUGCCUCGCAUCGCUUGGAUUGGAUUGGGAAGCAUCGGCGAGGCCAUCAGCACGAACCUCGCCCAGUACGCGCCGCUCGCGGAGCCCGUGCUGGUGUGGAAUCGCACCGCGGAAAAGGCAGAGCGCGUGGCUGCCGCGACGGACAGGAUGGAGGCGGCGCGAUCGCUGGCCGACGCCGUCUCGCGGGCGGACAUUGUCUGCCUCUGCCUGGCGGACGAUGCGGCCGUGAGCGGCGUGGUGGACGUGGUGGGGGAGGUCGACGUUUCGGGGAAGUUGUUCGUUGACUUGUCGACCGUGCAUCCCGAUACCAAUCAGGCGCAAGCAGACAGGCUGCAAAGUCUUGGAGCUGCUUAUAUUGCCUGUCCUAUCUUUGGGGGCGUGGCCAUGGCCAUUGAGAGGCAAAUAACGCUCGUUCUCGCCGGGCCAUCCGAUGCCAUUGCAAAAUUUGAGCCUUUCACGAAGGACAUAAUAUGCAAGGACACCAUCAAGCUCGCCGACCAGCCGCUCCGCGAGGCCGGCAUGCUCAAGCUCGUCGGCAACUUUGUGCGGUUCUCCGCCAUCGAGGUGCUGUGCGAGGCCACCGUGCUGUCCGAGAAGAUUGGUCUCCCCAAGGAGACGCUGGCGCGGUUCGUCGAGGCCAUGACCCCGGGUCCGAGCGCCGGACAGCUCGCGAUGCUGCACUCGGGAGCGUACAGCGACCUCACCACGAGUAUCGCGCCGAUUAGUAUGGCUCUCAAGGAAAACGGCUAUUUGAACGAUCUGGCUCAGCAGAGCGGCGCGAGGCUGCGGACGCUGGACACGGUGACGGCGCACGCGGAGCGGGUUAAUGAGAUGAGAGGUCCGGAUGCCAAGUUGCUUGCUAUUUACGGGUCGAUUAGAGAAGAGAACGGGUUGCCCUUUGAUCGGAAGUGA